AGUGCCGGGGGAUAACGAUUGCGGCUCGUUACAGCUAAGUGCCCUGUAAGCUGAUUGGGCGGCGGGUUAGGAGGAUCCCAUACACUGCCAGCGCAGAAUGCCAGCGCCACUCAUGGUCAGUGUGAGCAGAGGGACGGAGUAGCCUCGGGGAGCCAUUCCGUGAUGGGGCGCAGGUGACAGCAGCUGAGGAUGCCCCUGACUGAUAAGCUGCGUGAGAGGAUAUCGCGGGCCUUCUACAGCCAUGGGCUGCUCUGUGCCUCCUACCCUAUCCCCAUCAUCAUCCUCACUGCCCUCUGCAUUCUGGCCUCCUGUUACCCCCUGCUUAAGCUUCCGCUGCCCGGGACCGGUCCAGUUGAGUACGUCACCCCUGUGAGAGAUUAUUCACCUCCGCCUUUAGAGCCCAGCCCAGAAGACCACAGCGACCGACCUGAUUGGUACGUCGGGCUGCCCGUGUCCUACAUACAGCAGGUCUUGGUUAAAGCUGUCGUAUCUCCAUGGGACAAGGACUUCCUGGCUGUGGAUGUGUUCCGGUCUCCGCUGUCUCGUGUAUUUCCAUUGGUGGAAGAGAUCCGGAACCACGUGCUGAGAGAGAAAUCCCAGGAGAAGAGUCUAGAAGAUGUUUGUCUCCAGGUGACGGACCUGCUGCCCGGCCUGAAGAAGCUCCGUGACAAGCUGCCCGAACAUGGCUGCCUCCUGCUUUCUCCCGCCAACUUCUGGCAGAACAGCCAGGAACACUUCAGCGGUGACCCGGACCUGAUCAGAACCAUCCAUCAACAUGAGCCCAAGACUUUACAGACCUCCGCUACUCUCAAAGACUUGCUCUUUGGGGUCCCAGGAAAGCAGAGUGGAGUCAGCUUGUACAACCGCAAGAGGAUCGUGUCCUACGCCAUCACCAUUGCCCUUCACAGAUACGAUGCCACCUUCCUGAACAGCUUACGGUCCCGACUGAAGCAGCAACACCCCAGCACCAACUCCAGCGCCCCGAGCCAGCACAUCGUGCAUGUACAUUUCAAGGAAGAGAUAGGGAUAGCCGAGCUUAUUCCUCUGGUCACCACCUACAUCAUCCUGUUUGCUUAUAUCUACUUCUCCACCAGGAAGAUUGACCUGGUGAAGUCCAAGUGGGGGUUGGCGCUGGCCGCAGUGGUAACGGUUCUGAGCUCCCUGCUGAUGUCCGUCGGGUUAUGCACUCUCUUUGGGCUGACGCCAACUCUCAACGGCGGGGAGAUUUUCCCUUACCUGGUGGUGGUCAUUGGCUUAGAGAAUGUGUUGGUUCUGACUAAAUCUGUCGUUUCCACUCCUGUGGACCUGGAGGUGAAGCUCAGAAUAGCACAAGGACUCAGCAACGAGAGCUGGUUCAUAAUGAAGAACAUGGCUACUGAGCUGGGCAUCAUUCUGAUUGGUUACUUCACCCUGGUACCUGCUAUACAGGAGUUCUGUCUCUUUGCCGUAGUUGGGCUGGUGUCGGACUUCUUCCUACAGAUGUUUUUCUUCACCACUGUGCUGUCCAUUGAUAUUCGCAGAAUGGAGUUGGCCGACCUGAACAAACGGAUGCCAGCAGAGGCCUGCAUGCCUCCCCCCAAACCCGGCGCCAAAAGAUACGAACGCCAGCCAGCCCUGCGUCCGGCCACCCCUCAUACCAUCACCCUCCAGCCUUCUUCCUUGCGAAAUCUGCGCCUCCCCAAGAGACUGCGCCUGGUGUACUUCUUUGCCAGGACUCGACUCGCUCAGAGAAUCAUCAUGGCUGGGACGGUGGUCUGGAUUGGGAUCCUUGUAUACACGGACCCCGCUGGGCUGCGCAAUUACUUAACGGUUCAGGUGACGGAGCAGAGCCCCCUGGGAGGCGCAGUCAUGCCUCCGGUUCCGGUACCAGUGCUGCCAGCAUCCAACCCACAGAGCCCCCUCGCCGCCGUCUUCCCCACAGGCUCCUCCCAACUGCUGGAAAACCAGUCACAGAGAGACCGCAAGGAGGUGAUCGACUCCCUGAGAGGGAGGCUGGAUGGCAGCUCCAGGGUUUGGGAAGAAAGUCUCCCUGAAGACAAGGGCAGAGAGCGAGCGGCGGGUAAAGAGGACAAAGCCCAUACGCAGGUUACCUGGGGACCCGAGGAUGAGGAGACCUGGAGGAAGCUGUCAUUCAGACAUUGGCCAACCCUCUUCAGCUACUACAAUAUCACUCUGGCCAAAAAGUACAUCAGCAUCUUACCCAUGAUUCCCGUCACCAUCUACCUGACGCCACAGGAGGUGUCCGACGCACGGCACCCACAGGAGGCUCAGCACUCGCACCCAUAUCUGCAGCGGGAAGGGAAGCCAGAAGAAGCCUGGGUUCGCGUAGAGGCAAAGGGGGCUGAAGAGGCCGCCAAAAAUCAGAUGCCAGCAGAUGUCACCUUAUACAAGGUCGCUGCCUUAGGCCUGGCCUCUGGGAUUUUCCUGGUCCUGUUCUUCUUCCUCCUUUACCGGCUCCUAUGCCCUAAGAAUUAUGGGCAGAACGGCGUGCCCCACGGCCGCAGGAAAAAGGGGGAUCUGCCCUGUGACGAUUACGGUUAUUCUCCCCCCGAGACAGAGAUUGUGCCCCUUGUGCUGAGAGGGCACCAUAUGGACAUCGAGUGCCUGGCCAGUGAUGGGAUGCUGCUGGUGAGCUGCUGUUUGGCCGGACAGAUCCGCGUGUGGGACGCCCAGAGUGGGGACUGCUUAACCAUCAUUCCCAAACCGAGUUUGCGCAGGGAGAGCAGUGGGGUGUUCGAAUAUCAGGAUAACUGGGAGCCGACCCCCGAGUGCAAGUACAAUCCUGAGGAUUCGCUGGAAAAUGGCUACCACCUAAAGAGGAGAGUGCCACACCCCUCGCUCUUCUCCGACCAACCAGACUUAACCAGCCUGAUUGAUACCAACUUCUCUGAGCAACCUGUGGGGGAGGAGCCUGGGACCAGACAGAGGCUGCCCUGCAUCAAGCAGGAAACCCCUGCCAUUGGCUAUGACUUUAGCAGCCUGGUACAGAAAGUGUACGAGGAGCACGAAGCCUCCAGCUAUGGCAGCUUCCCCCUUGUCUUUCCCCCAGCCCCUUACGGGCAGUGCCAGCUGUCAUCGGGGAGGCGGAGCCGAUCCCCCGGGGGCUGCCUGGACGGCAGUUGUGCCAGAAGGAAAAGCUCUGCGGAAGAGACUAGUGGCUAUUGUAAUGGGACCUCCUCACCGGUCCUGAGCUGGACUGAAUCCUUUGAGAGCUCAGUUUGGAGCCUGGGCCUGCAGGGCAACUUGAUAGUAGUUGGGAGAAGUAAUGGCAACUUAGAGGUUUGGGAUGCCAUCGAGGGAAGUCUCCGCUGCAGCAAUUGCGAUGGGCAGAGCGGCAUCACGGCUCUCGUGUUCCUCAAUCACAGGAUUGUGGUAGCGAGGCUCAAUGGCUCCCUGGAUUUCUACUGCCUAGAUUCCCAAAAAUCCUCCAGUCAGCUGCAGUUUAGAGGUGCCCCAAACAGAAGCAAUGUCCCCAGCUCCCCGCUGUACAGUACUGAUGAUGUGAUUGGCUGCCAGCGGAGCCACACAGUGGCCUGUGCCCAUCAGAAGCCAAUCACUGCCCUGAAAGCAGCAGCAGGCCGGCUAGUGACCGGGAGCCAGGACCACACAGUGAGAGUGUACCGGCUGGAGGAUGCCUGCUGCCUCUUCACUCUGCAGGGACACUCGGGAGGCAUCACAGCCAUUUACAUUGAUGAGACAAUGGUUCUGGCCAGUGGGGGGCAGGAUGGAGCAAUCUGUCUGUGGGAUGUACUGACAGGAAGCAGGGUCAGUCACAUGUUCGGACACCGCGGUGAUGUCACCUCCUUGCUUUGCACUACUUCCUGUGUGAUCAGCAGUGGGCUGGACGAUGUCAUUUGUAUAUGGGACAGGAGCACGGCGAUUCGACUCUACUCCAUCCAGCAGGACUUGGGCUGCGGGUCCAGCUUGGGGCUGAUCUCGGACAACCUGCUGGUCACGGGGGGCCAGGGCUGCGUGUCGUUCUGGGACAUUGGCUACGGGGACCUGUUGCAGACAGUUUACCUGGGGAAGUGCGAGGAGGCGCAGCCGGCGCGGCAGAUUCUAGUGUUGGACAAUGCGGCCAUAGUGUGCGACUUUGGCAGCGAGCUGAGCCUGGUGUACGUCCCCUCGGUGCUGGAGAAGCUCGACUGAGAGCCGGGUUAACCCUCGGCUGCCCGGUACUGUGACGCCGGCACGCAGGCUGCAAGCUUUUCCUUGCGUAUAAUAUAUUCCAAUGGAAUUCUACAAUAUACACUGGCACAGUACAAACCCGUCUCCUCCACGUCCGACUGGGGUCCCGUUUUUAUGUCCCCCCCCUCCAAAGCGGCGACAGGUUGGUACUGUGCCAUAGCAACCGCGCAACCAAAAGAUUCGUCAUGAAUCCGUAGCACUUCAUCGCCAGCAGUGGAUUGCGGCAUGAUCCAUGUCUCCUGGUAUUAGGGUCGGCCAGCCGGAUGGGAGGGGAUGCUGGGAGUUGUAGUUAUGUGGGGACAACCCUGUGCUUCAUUGUACCACUGUGGGUGAGGCCACGAGGGAGAAGCUGUUUAUACAGAGGGCAACGUGUAACAGUGUCGGUAGGGGGCUGCAUAAUGUUCCUACGGUAGCCAGGCCGCAGGGUUAUACACAUUAUGGCUCCCAGAAUUCAUUUCUGUUCCUGAUAUUAUUGGACAUAGAGGAAUUUCAACUCUGCAACUACAAUUGCCAGCAGCCAGAGAAUAUCUACUUGGCUCCACCCACUUACCCAUCAUUCAAUAUGAACGUGUCACAUGGUAUAACUGUAUCAAUGAAGGCAACACAGACCUAGACCCGAGGAACAUCUCCUAUACACUAUGUUACAGGCUCCGCCCACUCGGCCACCAUUUUGUUUGUCCCUUGAUGAGCAAGAGAAUGAGCCCUCGUAUGUAUAGAUUGCUGGCACUCGUUAUGGUUGGUUGGUUAUGGGAGGGACAGUGCCAUAGCUUGACAGCUGGGAGGGGCUUAAGCCUCAGGCCACUCCUUCCCCUGCAUGGAACAGCAACAGUCACAUGACCUGAAAGGAAAGCGCCUGCGUUGUUGACUCUAACGUGUCACGGUAUAUAAAAUAAUAUUUUUGGUAAAGGUUAUAAUUUAUUUUGAUGUAGAUCUUAUUCUUUAUAGAGCUUUAAACCGUUAAUUGUACAUUUGCGCUCUUGGUUUCUAUGUCCGUUUUGUUUUUUUGAAUUUUUUUUUUUUUUUUUUAAAUCUCUUCUCUUUUCUUACAUAAAAGAAUUCUACCUGAUAA